CAGCCGCCGAUCAAACCCGACUUCAGUCCUGCCAUUCAAUUGGUCGAUACAGCACAAAGUGCCAACUUCAAAAAAACCACAACGUACAAAUCAGUGCUAAACCAUCGAAAAUGUCCAUAAUUCUGUUGAACGACCCCUUCGAACACUCCCGCCCGACCAGAAUGCUGGAUCAACAUUUCGGCUUGGGUCUGGACCCGGAGGAUUUCAUCGCGCCGCUGAUUCCUCGCGAACUCCGCCACCUCAUGCGUUGUCCUGCUGGAUAUCUGAGACCUUGGCGUUCUGCCGCUUCCCAAAGGGAUUCCGGAUCGACCGUCUGCCGCGACAAGGACAAAUUCCAGGUGAAUCUGGACGUGCAGCAGUUCAAGCCGGAGGAAAUCAGCGUGAAGGUGGCCAAAAACGUCGUCACGGUGGAAGGCAAACACGAGGAGAAGGAAGACGAGCACGGGUUUAUUUCGCGGCAUUUCGUGAGGAAGUACGUUUUGCCCGAGGACCACGACGCGGAUAAAAUCGAGUCGAAGUUGUCGACGGACGGGGUGCUCACGAUAACGGCGCCAAGGGUUAAGGCUGCUGUGGAGGAGGGAAGGAGCGUUCCGGUUAUCCAGACGGGGCAACCUAACAAGGCGAUGGAGAAGAAGGAAGAAGAAGAAAAGAAGUAAUUUUUUCGCAGUUAUUUUGUAUUAAUUCUUUUUUUUUUUAGUAUUUGUGGUAAUUAAAGACUGAGUUUUGUAAUGUAAAUGUAUGUGUAGUUUGUUACGUUAGCUUUUUCUAUUUGUAUUUAAUUUAAUAAUUUUUUUCCCUACACCAGAA